GGGGAGGCGACCGACGAAGAGGAUGUAUGGUGCCCGCGUGUUCGCUGGUGUCUUUGUGCCUUGAGAAGUGGCCAUAAGGGCGGGGAAGAGAGAAAGAAGGGCGAUAGCCCCGUGAUCGCCUGCCAACGUCUUAUUCCUCUUCUUGUUUUUUUUAUCUCCCUUAGCUACUGUUGUUGGUGGACGUGGUCUCGAGCUGCGGUGGUGCUACUGGGCUGGCUGCUUUGUAGGUGUGUGCGUGCGUGUCUGUGUACGGGUUCUGCUGACGUGCUCUGCAAGAUAUUUCGUCGACUGGCUUCCGCGGCGGACGAUUCCCGGUGACCUCCGUCUGACACUCGCUGUCUUUCCUGCUGCCUGGCUUAGAUUUUUAUUUUGCAAUGUUUUCUUUGGUGGCCUGCGUGUAAAAACUACGGCUCCGGUCUCGCACAACUAUACUCCGACAUCAGCAGCGAGGCCAUGCUGCGAGCUCUUACCAAGUUGUGGCAGCGGUGACAACGGCGCAGCGAAACAACGAAAGCAGUGAGCCGGUGUCGAGAUGCCGUGCUGCGAGAUGGGCGGCACCGACAGCAGCGGUCCCUUCUCGCCGCUCCGUCGCGGAGCCGAGCGCCUGUGGCUGGGCCGCACGCCGACGCUGCUGGCGUGGCCCAAGCGCUGCAUCCUCGUGUCCAUGGUGUUCGUCGGCUUCUCGCUGGCCGCUGGGAUUCGCAGGUCCUUCGUGGAGGCCGCCUACAGCCUGCAGAGGGAAGCCCACUGGAAGAUGUACAACAACGACACGUCCAGUGGCAACUGGACUACGGACUUCAUCCGUUCCUUCCAGUCGUCCUUCACGUGGGGUCUCUUUAUAGGUCAUGUGAUCGGAUCGGCGCUCUCGUGCAAGUAUCACGCUAACAGCGUCUUCGCGGCCGCCAUACUGCUGGACUCGUCGCUGCACCUCGUGGUCGCUGGAGUGAUGCAAGUCCACCAGAUAUUCCUCGUGUCCCUGCUCUUCCUGCAAGGAGUGUCAGACGGGCUGACGUUCCCGGCUUUCUUCAGCCUACUGCGGUACUGGGCGCCGCCUCUGGAGAGGACGCGGAUGUUCACCGCCGGUUACGCUGGUCUACACUUUGGUAGCCUACUUAGCUUUCAAAUCUUCUCCGUCUUCGAAAGUCUCUUCAGCUCGACAGCGGGGCUGUACUUUUAUGGCAUGCUAGGCAUCCUCUGGGUAUUGCCAUGGUUCCUUCUCAUUUCCGAGACACCAUCCAAGCACCCGGGGGUGUCGACAAGAGAGAAGAUCUACAUCAUCGACUCUCUUCAGACGCAGGAGCACAUUCCUUUCUCGCAGCAGCCGACGGGCAUCCCCAUGCGCUCCAUCCUGUCUUCGGGUCCCGUGUGGGCCAUUCUGCUCGCGUCAUUCGGCCGGACGUGGACCUACAACACGCUGCUCCACAUAAUGCAGUGGUACUACAACGACGAGAUCCGGUAUGCAAAGGAGAUCCCCUACUUCCUGAUGAUGGUCUCCGUCGUGGUCAGCGGUUACGUCGCCGACGGCCUUCAGGAGAAAAAUCUGAUGACGACGUCGACCGUGAGGAAGAUAUUUGGAGGCACAGGAUUGCUGACGGAGGCCGUUCUCUUCCUGUCGAUGGUGUACGUCGGACCGACGGACUUCGCUAUGGUACUCUACUUUUUCGCCAUGUCCAUCCGAGAGCUUGCAGUCGCUGGUUAUAUGGUAAACCCACUUGACAUUUCUCCACAAUAUGCUGGAAUCAUCGGGGGCCUCUCGGGAGCAAUGACCUCUCUGGGAAACCUCACGUUUUACCCCAUGAUGAACCACAUCUUCAACACAUGGAAGAUCCGGCACGACCACAUGACGCCACUGUACGCGGUGAGCGUCAUCAGCGGCGGCCUGCAGUUCCUGGCGGCGCUGAUCUUCGUGGUGUUCUCGUCGGCGACCGAGCAGGACUGGUCCAAGGACGACGCUGCGUCGCCCUCGGCCAGCGGCGAUGCUCUCUACGGCACCAGCAGCGGCGGAGGGAACAACAACAACGACCCUUACUUGGACACCACCGAAGUGACCGUCAGCGAUGGGGGCAUCUCUCUAAACGUCAUCGUCAAGCGGUAGCUUGAGGCCGAUGUCGAGGCUGUUGCCGUAUGAACGCAAAGCCUCGGCGAACAUUGAGCAGAUGGACCUGUACUGCUGACCAAAAGAGGGCCGUGGGCCAUCAGGAGUGCCGGUUGAAUUUGAAUGGACGAAGUGGCAGCUCGACAACACCCUCGAAUCCUGGUACCACGACAAGCAGUACCUCAGACACCUUUUGGUGCGAUCAUGAUCUACGCGGAUUACGAACGAUUGUCGACAGGGCCGGCACGGUGUGGAAAUGUGGCGGAGUGAUCUCGCUUCUGCUUUACACAUCGUGUUUUGCGUAGACCGUAGGCGAAGACACUCUGGGAUGAUAGGUGCGAGUCACCUUUUUUGGAAAAUUAUCUUGCGGCUCUAUUGUUGUGGUGGCCUGCGCUUGAAAAACGAUAUUGUGAAGUGUGCGGGUGGCUGCUCCGGCCUGCAUUGUAGCCGGGAUCCAUCAAAACAGAAAACUCAUGGGCCAAUUGACCGAGGCUGCGGAAGACAUAAAUCUCGACCCGCAUGGCUGGUCGCUGGUCCUACAGACUGGGGCAAUGAUGGUGAUCAGCUAAAUGCGCGCCGCUCGUUUGGAACUGCGCCAACUCGCCUCUUCGUGCAUUAUUGUGGGCUGUUGACAGCUUUAGAUCAGGUUAAUCUAAGUUGUGCUCAGCUUAGCUGAUAUUCAGUGACAAAGAUGCGACACCUAUGUUCUCAAGUAGUGUGCCCACGUGUAUACAUACGGCCAAGUUUGCUACCUCGACAGCCGUAACGCCGGUCAUAGCUGCACGUCGUCCGGAUAGUGCUCAAGAAUAUUGGUGUGAACAUGCAUGCAUUCUGUGAUGACUUGACUGUGCGCCCUGACCCAUGCGAUGGCUCUGAAGCCUGUCAACAGCGCGAGCUGUGUGAUGUUGCCAGAUAUGUUGUCUUGCCAACAAUGGUGACCAACCAACAGCCAAGAUGUUCAAAGCCACCCUGGCAAGGAUGCCAGGUACCACGUGUAACGCGUCUACUCCAGUAACAUUGUACUCGCAAUCUCUGGGGUGUUAUCUUUGUAAAGGCUUGGUAUAUGCUGUGGUAAAAUGUAGAGCAGGGCAAAUUAUAAAUAUGCGUUCACGAGAAAACAUUGCUGGAAAAGAACGACGAAAGAAGGCAUGAAGAGAUGCUGCUUUCAUGGGAAUCGCGGUUAAAUUUUAGGAACAGAACAGGCUGUAGGUACUCAAGAAAUCAGGCAGACCUACUGCGAGCUGCAGACAUUUAUACAGAAGAAAGACAAGGAGUAAUAGGCUGCCUUACUUUUGCCAUGAGUAAUGCAGGGCGGCCCACUCAUGCAGAGAACGCCGCAAGCGAGUCUUAUAUGCGUUGCAUAAUGUCUUCGCCGCAGUACAUGGUUGUAAUGCGGUGAAGGGAUGUGAGAAUUUGUGCAAGUACUAAGAGUGAACUACAUGUCCUUAUUUAGCAUAAUUUGGUGGCGCCUCCAGGACACCAAAGGGACAACAGGGUCACCAAUCCCAACUAGGAUGUGUCUGGAUUCCAACUUUGAUCCACCUGCUGUCUUUUGGGUGCCCUGGAAAUCCUGCAACGCCCACUUUUUCUAAUCUCAGGUGCUCUCCUCAGGUCUUCGUUGUAUGAUAUUAUUUUUAUGAUCGCAUGUGCAAAAAUCUUACCGCAAUGCAUAGUUGUACUGGGAUGAAGCUUACGAAAGCACAUCCAUCAUUAUGAAACGCAUAUAAAUCUCUUGCCACGCUGCAUUGAUAACAAGAUCAACGGAAACGUUUCCUAAGUUUUACAGAAAAUAACGUAACUAAUAAGGCGUGUCCUUCAAACACAUACGCAUAAGAAACAAGCCAUGUAGGUUUUCGUGCCAUAUCUUAGCCGCAAUCGAUAGCGGAGUACUAACUGGGAGCAUUGUUUAGUGCUUGACCAUGCUGUGUACAAAGUCUUUGUCAUGCGAAACAACCGACGACUUGAUAAACGACAAUUCUGUUCGAUGCAAUGUUCCUCAGCAAUAAGCCGAGAACUUCUGCUUUUGCGGCUAUGGAAAAUUUUUUUUUUAUCAAGCAAGUCGAGAAAUGAGUAGCCAACAAUGGAGUACCAACCCGGAAAGAAAGAAAUAAAAUGUCGGGGAUUCAUACACGUGAUUUCCGGAGUACAAACAUGUUGUUACAGUUUAUUUUGUUAUUUUGUAAUGACAUUUAUGUCUGAGUCAGCAUCAGUUCCAAUCUUUAUUCAUCGUGUCUCACCGCUAGAGUUUUAUAAGGCUGUGCAUCGGCAAUGUGAUAGUGAUAUAUAUGUGGAGAACGCUGUAAUAGAAAGAGCGAUAUAUUUGUUUUAACUAAGGUAGCCAUCCAUGUUAGCACAAAGUGUCCAGCUUAGUGUUGUAGUCCUUGAAUACCAUCGAAGGCGCACGCCCGCUAUCACGGGUUGAAUUGUACUUGGAGUUACGAAUUGUAAUGAAAAGCGCAACAAAACUGGAAGGAAAGUACGUACGUGCAAUAUUAUGACAGAAAAUGAGAUAACAAUAGAGAAACAAGAAGUACAUGACAUUCUUGUGUACUUCAGCUCUCUCCUCUUCAUUUAUCAGAACUGUCUAGAUCCUUUCAAAAGUAUACAUUUCUGACGAGUUCAUUCCUAAAAAACAAUAGGCAACGCAUUGCACAGACUGUAUCGAGUCCCUUUAGGAUUGUGACGUGAUGAGCUCGAAGGUCCUCGUAUCUAUUUUUGUGAAUGGUUGACGCAGGGAAUCCUGGAGGGCAGUGGGACGCUCAACAGUUGCAGAAAAAAUCCGUGCUUUGAAAUUGGGAGGAGAUGAGGCUAUGGAUCAUAAGAACAAGCACCAAGUCCUGCAGGGAGGAUACAGAAUGCUUGAUAUUUAGGCAGUGCUGCUAUACUGUCAAAGGGGACAAUUGCUAGGCGGAUUUUGUAAGGAUCUAGCACUAUACACAACGUGGCGAAUUAAAAGGGACGAGCGAAACUACGGGCAAGGUUAGAGUGUUAAGGAGGACUCGUUAAAUGUACGUUGAAGUGAAAAACUCAUGGGAGCUUGUCAUUCCACCGAGCUGACCUAUUUUAUAGCACUCAACAGCCAGUCACGUACUGCGCAUUGCACUUAGGGCACCGAAUGACAGGUAUCCGUUCCAGCGAAAGACCGCUUCAUGCAGGGCUGUACGAAUGACGGCCGAAGGCGAAUGGCAAUGAGGCACGCCGUGUGACGACUCGACGGAACUCUUGAAAACAUCAGCAGGUACCCUAACAUGAAGAAAAAUUGGGGAUUGUCUCCAAUGCCACGAUGGCGCGUCUAUUUCAGGGCUCCAAGCGCGGACGCAAUCUUUCACAGGUAUUAAAUGCAACUGUUCGGCAAAAGGAAGCUUUGGCUAAGAGUUCACUCCUACUUUUUCAUUUGCGUACACAUCAAAUGGAGAAAUUAAGGAGUUGGUGAGCCGAUUUGAAGUAAAUAUGCAGCAUCUCAGUGAAAGCUACCGAUUGAAGAAAGCACAGUUUUCAUAAACUAAAAUCAGUAGUCUUAAGACACACACAAAAAAAGCAUUGAAGCUCGACGUUUACAGCUGCACAACUCGGCGCGGAAAACAGAUAUUCCAAUUCUGUAAACUAUGUCUCAUGCACGUUCGAAGUGUACCAAUUGGACGCCAUAUUUCGCAUCCUAUUUGGACUGGUUACAUUGUUUAAUAGGAUUAUGCAAUACCGGUAUUCAAGAAGUACUGGUGUAUUAUAGAGCAAUCUAUUACAUAUCCGUUUUCCCUGUUCUAGGUAUCGAAAUUGCUGCAGUUGAUUUGCUUGAGUCUCGGAGCCACGAUCUCCGAGCUUUUAUAAAGUUUUUUCUGUAUUUAAGCAAUGCUUAAUGUUUAAAAAAAGAUAGAUGCCCUAAAUAAAAUGUCCACCGGCUGUAAUCGGUAGUGUUCACGUUUUCAUUUAAAUUCAAUAGAACUUUACCGUAUUUUGGGCUGGAAGUGCCAAGCAAAACGAUUCCCUCGUUACAAUGUAUUCACAUAGAAAGUGCCGUUUUGAUGAUCAUCGCUCCAAUGGCCAACUAUAGCCCUGUAUUCGUUGAAAUUAAGGAGACAGAUGAUGGAAAAGAGGGUGUCAAAGAAACAUUCGGAGACCUACCUGAGGGUUUUCCAGACGAUAAAUUUCAGAAAAAUGACCAAAAAGACAAAAUUCUUUGUAGGUGCCUUGACUCUAGUACUCCACUUGGAGGGUAUUUUUGCUCCGAGGAUGUCAAACCGCUGGUUGUGUAGCCUCUUAAACGAAGCUGAGGAGAAAGCUGAGAGAGAUGAUAAUUAGGCAAGCUCGCAGAUGUGCCGACACACAGAGGCAUGACAUUAAAAACAGUGUGUGACGUAGAAAGACAGUUUGAGCUUUCUUCGGAGUCAAGCGAGCACGUACAGUAGUUUAGAAAGGGACCAGAGGAGAAGAAGCUGCUGUCAGAUAAAUGAGCAGGAUUGAAUAGAUAUGUCUGUAUUUAGGAUAUAUGUACGGAGAGUGCGGGAGAGGGCAAAUGUGAUGCGAAUGUCAGGGAGGUUAACCGGAAGAUAAAUAUACAGUUUGCAGCCCUAAAUUUGGAAAGGGGUAAUGGGACACACACAGAAAAAGAAGAAAAGCACAACGAGAGUGUGUGAAGGUUUAAAUUACGGGUUUCCGAGGAUAUAGUUGUCAUUGAUACUAUAUUGUUUAGGAAGCUUUCGUUAUUGAGAAAUAGAUCACCAUGACAGAAAAGAAGAUUCAACAGUUAGCGCGAUGAAAGACGCAUUGCCUGAAAAGAAAACAAAACGUUGUGUUUUCCUUUUGCCUUAGAAUUAACAAUUAAUUAAGAGGACCGUGCAUUGAGACGAGUGGGUAUGAAGUAGCCGACAAGUGCAAUCGUCACAAGUGUUUAGCGUCGUCCUGUACUCAUGUUCGUAGUGGUUUCUAGUCAUUCACGGGCAUUUAAAUUUUUUUUCUUGCGGCCAAUGUGCGCCUCUUGUAGAAUCUCGUCUCAAAGUUUUCUGUCUGUGCGUAUGUCCCUCUCUUUGUGCCAUACUAGUUUCACACGACAGCAUUAACAUUACAAGUCACCCGUUGUUAGUUUGUGCGCAAGCCUUCUCAACGCGACAAUUUUAACGCACUAAAGCACACCAUGUCUUCGCCGAACAAUUUCACUGUAAAUAGUGGAUCUCUAUGACAACUGUUUUCACUGGCUUGUUGUUUUCUUCAGCAACCUUGGGGACGUGUGUUUGCUUGAACGGAACAAAAAGUACACUUGUCUUUAGCUUCACGUUGAAUAAAAGCCAUUUCGUUACGA